AUGGUACGCUUACUACUUAUAAUAUAUGUUCUGUGCUUUACACAAAUUUCUCAUCAAUUAAAUAAUGGGCUUGGUCGUACUCCUCAAAUGGGAUGGAAUAGUUGGAAUCAUUUCCAUUGUUCUAUCAAUGAGACGACCGUACGACAAACAGCUGAUGGCAUUGUUGCAACGGGUCUUGCUGCUGCUGGAUAUCUAUAUGUGAAUAUGGACGAUUGUUGGCAAAAAAGUCGCGAUUCACAAGGAACAAUACAAGCUGAUCCAAUCGCUUUUCCAAAUGGUAUUCCAGCAUUGGCUGAUUAUGUUCAUUCAAGAAAACUUAAAUUCGGUCUCUAUUCAGAUCGAGGAUAUAAAACAUGUGCAGGUCGACCUGGUUCAUUAGGAUAUGAAACAAAAGAUGCAAAUACAUAUGCGCAGUGGGGUGUUGAUUAUUUGAAACUUGACAGCUGUUACACUGAUGGAACACCAACCGAAGUUGAAUAUUCGAAAAUGCGCGAUGCAUUAAAUGCUUCAGGAAGAGCAAUCUUCUAUUCGUUAUGUGGCGGUGUAACUGUGAACGAUGCCUGGCCUCCCAAGGUUGGAAACAGUUGGAGAACGACUAACGACAUUCAGGAUAAUUGGUUUUCCAUGAUCAACAAUAUCGAUUUUAAUAAUUUUUUCACAGAAAAGGCAGGACCAGGUGGCUGGAAUGAUCCUGAUAUGCUUGAAAUUGGCAAUGGUGGCAUGACUGACACUGAGUAUCGAACUCAUUUUUCUCUUUGGUCUAUCAGUAAAGCUCCGCUAAUUAUCGGAUGCGAUGUAACAAAAAUGAGUGCGGCUACGAUAGUCACUCUCACAAAUCGCGAAGUCAUCGCUGUCAAUCAAGAUCCACUGGGUGUUCAGGGAAAGAAAAUUGCUUCGUUUUCAGCUCGGCUGCCCAAUGCAUCCAGUGGAGUUCAGGUUACCAACAAUACACCGGCAGGAAAUUUCGAUCUACGACGUCGUCAAUGGAUAUACGACGCGCAAGAUGGAAGUAUUCGAUCCGCAUAUAGUGGCAAAUGUUUGUCCAUCUUCCGUUGUAAUCCAGGACAGCCAGCGCAUCUCUUUCUCGACAACUGUCAAAUCGGUGAUCCACAUGCUCAAUGCCAAGGUAAAAAUCAACAAUGGUUAGCUAAUACAACAGAUCAAAGUUUUGUUUCCCAAAUGAACGGACUAUGCUUAGCCGUUGAUGUUUACGGUAACGAUGGUCCAGCUGUCAAUACAUUUGUGUGUAAUCAUCAAGAGAAUGAAAUCUGGAUGUGGAAUACAACAGAUGGAACACUACGAAAUAAACAUCAAAACGAAUAUUUAGUUGCUCCGUUAGAACUCGAAAUAUGGGCUGGUCCUCUUCAAGGUGGUUCGCAAUCUGUCGUUCUAUUGAAUCGUGGUGAGAAUGAUAAUGAACAAAUCACUGUCAAUUGGACAGAUAUUGGUUUUCCCAUGAAUCAAGCAGCCAGUGUGCGUGAUUUAUGGGCUCAUCAAGAUCUUGGAAUAUUCACAGGAAACUAUACAUCGUCGAAUAUUGCGUCACACGCGGCUGUGAUGCUUAAUAUUACUCUCGUGAAAUAG